AUCUCAACUUUAACUAGAAAAACUAAAGUUUCUUCAAACAAAACAUACAAAUUACUUAACUAUGAUUCCAUCAGAAGCUGCAGCAACACACUAUUUUGCUUCUCAAAAUCCUUCACCUCUGCCUCUUGACUUCAACUUUAUGCAAAACAAUUUACCAUCACUCCACUUUAGUAGAUACUUAACUAACAUCCUACCAAACUAUCCUGUUAACGACUUCAAUAAUCUGAUACCGUCUUGCAUCAGUGGUAACUCUACCUCUGAUGAAACGGAUGAGCAACAACUUAAGAUCAUCGACGAGAGAAAGAAGAGGAGGAUGAUAUCUAAUCGAGAAUCAGCAAGAAGAUCAAGGAUGAGGAAACAAAGACAACUUGAUGAGUUAUGGUCACAAGUUGUUCGUCUUAGGACGGAGAAUCAUAAUUUGAUUGAUAAACUUAAUCAUGUAUCGGAAUGUCAUGACAAAGUCCUUCAAGAGAAUGCACAGUUAAAGGAAGAAACUUCGGACCUUCGUCAGAUGCUUACUGAUCUCCAGUUCAAUAGUCCUUUCCCUGACUUAUGUGAACUCGAAGAUGUUCCUUGCACCACUGCUCAUCUCAAGGCUGAAUCGUCGAACCUAUCCAUCACUCAUUCAACAAAUUUGCUUCACUAAAAAGAAAGAGAGUGCAAAAGGUGUUUUGUCUCUUUACUUUUCUUCAUGCUUGUUUGUUUGUUUUUUUUACAUGAAUGCCAAAUGAGUCUUUGAUUUCA